AUGACAUCAGAGGCCCGACCAUCCCACCACUGCUGCUGGCUCGGUACGUUCACUGGACACCGGACAUGGCUUCAGCUGCUUUGGCUUCUGCUGCUGGGUAUCAGUCAGGUCUCGGUGACCCAACAAGGCACCCAGCCUCAGUCCAUCAAAAUUGAGGGAGACAUCACCCUGGGCGGGCUCUUCCCGAUGCACUCCCGAGGCCCAGCUGGGGUUCCCUGUGGGGACAUCAAGAGAGAGAAGGGGAUCCAUCGACUGGAGGCCAUGCUGUACGCUCUGGACCAGAUCAACAGCGACCCGGACCUGCUGCCCAACAUCACACUCGGGGCUCGGAUCCUGGACACCUGCUCCAGAGACACCUACGCCCUGGAGCAGUCGCUCACCUUCGUCCAGGCCCUCAUCCAGAAGGACAACUCAGAUGUGCGCUGCUCAAACGGGGAACCUCCCAUCAUCCCCAAACCGGAGAGAGUGGUCGGGGUCAUCGGGGCGUCUGGCAGCUCGGUGUCCAUCAUGGUGGCCAACGUCCUCAGACUGUUUGCGAUCCCCCAGAUCAGCUACGCCUCCACUGCCCCGGAGCUGAGCGACAAAAGCCGCUACGAGUUCUUCUCCCGUGUGGUGCCUCCUGACUCCUACCAGGCCCAGGCCAUGGUGGACAUAGUCAAAGCCAUGGGCUGGAACUACGUCUCCACACUGGCCUCUGAGGGAAACUACGGAGAGAGCGGCGUCGACGCCUUCCUCCAGAUAUCUAGAGAAGCAGGAGGGUUGUGUAUUGCACAAUCCAUAAAGAUUCCCAGAGAACCCAGACCAGGGGAGUUUGAGAAAAUCAUCAAGAGGCUGAUGGAAACCUCGAACGCUCGUGGGGUCAUCAUCUUUGCCAACGAGGACGACAUCAAACGGGUGCUGCAGGCUGCCAAAACGGCCAACCUGACGGGCCACUUCCUGUUUGUUGGAUCCGACAGCUGGGGGGCUAAAAGUUCCCCAAUUCAAGACCAGGAGGAGGUGGCUGAGGGUGCUGUCACCAUCCUGCCCAAAAGAGCCUCUAUUGAUGGGUUCGACCAGUACUUCACUUCAAGGUCGCUGGAAAACAACAGAAGAAACAUCUGGUUCGCCGAAUUCUGGGAGGACGACUUCAAGUGCAAACUAACUCGCCCCGGCAUAAAAUACGAGCCCGGUAGAAGGAAAUGUACAGGCGAAGAAAGAAUCAGUCAGGACUCUCAGUACGAACAGGAGGGAAAGGUGCAGUUUGUGAUUGAUGCUGUGUAUGCCAUGGCCCACGCUUUACACAGCAUGCACCUGGACCUCUGUCCUGGCUCCAUGGGCGUCUGCGAGAAGAUGGACCCGGUAGAAGGACGGAUGCUCCUCCAGUACAUCCACUCUGUGAACUUCAACGGCAGCGCAGGAACCGGAGUGAUGUUCAAUGAAAACGGAGACGCUCCUGGUCGGUACGACAUCUUCCAGUACCAGAUGUCCAAUGUCAGCAACCCCGGCUACAAGGUCAUCGGCCAGUGGACGAACCACCUGCGACUCAAUCCAGAGGAGAUGCAGUGGUCGGGCGGCGAUCGUCGGAUCCCUGAUUCGGUGUGCAGUUUCCCCUGCGAGUCCGGCGAGAGGAAAAAGAUGGUGAAGGGUGUUCCCUGCUGCUGGCACUGCGAGCUCUGCGAUGGCUACCAGUACCUGCUGGAUGAGUUCUCCUGUGACAUGUGCCCCUUCAACAUGAGGCCCUUACCGAACCGCACGGGCUGCCGGGAGACACCCAUCAUCAAGCUGGAGUGGAGCUCUCCCUGGGCCAUCAUCCCCGUCUUCCUGGCCAUCCUGGGCAUCCUGGCCACCACCGGGGUCAUCGGCACCUUCGUCCGCUUCAACGACACUCCCAUCGUCCGGGCUUCCGGCAGAGAGCUCAGCUACGUGUUGCUGACGGGAAUCUUCCUCAUCUACCUCAUCACCUUCCUCAUGAUUGCAGAGCCCAGCGUGGCGGUGUGCGCCUUCCGCAGGCUGCUGCUGGGACUCGGCAUGUGCAUCAGCUACGCCGCCAUGCUCACCAAAACCAACCGCAUCUACCGCAUCUUCGAACAGGGCAAGAAAUCAGUCACACCUCCGAAGUUUAUCAGCCCCACCUCCCAGCUGAUCAUCACCUUUAUACUCAUCUCAGUGCAGCUACUCGCGGUGUUCAUCUGGUUUGGCGUGAUGCCCCCGCACACCAUCAUCGACUACGAGGAGCAGAAGCCUCCAAACCCUGAGUUUGCCCGGGGCGUGCUCAAGUGUGACAUGUCCGACCUCUCCCUCAUGCUGUGUCUGAGCUACAGUAUCGUACUGAUGAUCACCUGCACGGUUUACGCCAUCAAGAGCAGAGGAGUUCCUGAGACCUUCAACGAGGCCAAACCAAUCGGCUUCACCAUGUACACCACCUGCAUCAUCUGGCUGGCCUUCGUACCCAUCUUCUUUGGCACGGCGCAGUCGACAGAGAAGAUGUUCAUCCAGACCACCACCCUGACGGUGUCCAUGAGCCUGAGCGCCACCGUAUCCUUGGGCAUGCUCUACAUCCCCAAAGUCUACGUCAUCAUCUUCCAUCCGGAGCAGAACGUCCAGAAGAGAAAGCGCAGCUUCAAAGCCGUGGUGCAGGCAGCCACCGUGUCCACGCACCUGUCCAUGAAGUCUAGCGAAAAACAGAACGGAGAGUCCAAGAUCGAGCCGGACAGGUCGCAGUGA